ACAGACCCGAAACGAUUGAAGAAAGAACUGCCUAAAGCGAUGAAACUGCUGCGAUCGGAAGAUCGUGUUCUGCUGGUCGGUUGCUCGUCUGCCCCCUUUGAGGCCGAGGUGAGGCCAUUUUGCAGUCUGUAUCAAAAAAUCAUACUGAUCCCCAGACCGGACUACACAUCACGCUACUUACUAUGGCGAGCCUUGAUUGUGCGGUAUAAUGGCUGUUUGAAUCCCAUCUUGGAUAUUACUUCAUUGAGCAAGAUAUCUGAUGGUUACACUGCCGGACAUAUUGCCCAAGCCUGUCGACAUGUGUUAACCGAUCGAAGAGUGGCGCAACUAAGCCGACGACGAUUGGUUGCCUCUGAAUUCAUCUCGCCGUUGGCUCAGAUUGAGCCAGUUUAUGCGGACGAAGAAGAGGCGUACAAGAUCUGGUAUCGUAAAACACCGCUGGGCAAACAGAAAGCGUUGGCCAUGGAAAUGGAGGCCGAGGCAGCUGCGAAUGCUGCAACUGGGAAGAAGGGUGGAGGCAAAGGAAAGAAGUAG